AUGACUUUGAUUUCGCUGUUGUACAGUAGCCUUCGCGGCUGGAAGCUGACCAUCCAGUCGUUCCUCCGAGAGGUUGCCCGAACACUUGUCCUCAGCAGGCUCAGCUCAUUUUCUUCAGGGCUUCUCUGCAUACAGGACAUGUACGGAACUGAGAUUGCCGUCCUUGGCGAUGCCAAAGCACAUCACUUCCAGGUCCCCGCCGUCCUGGUCGUCCACAGCGACUCCUUCUGGCUGCGGGCGCUCCUCUUUGGCGACAUUGGCUUCUCUCAGAGCUACAUGCUGCAUGAGAUUUCGACCCCAAACCUCACCGCCGUCUUUGAGUUUUUUGUGCAGAACGCGUCCAGGAAGAGCAGCUUUGCCAGCUGGCGCGUCGUCGGCCUCUUCGGCGCCCUGACCCGCGCCGCGUUCAAGAGCGCCAACAACGUCUCGGCCGCCAAGCUCAACGCCAUUGCGCACUACUCGCUCGGCAACGACAUGUUCUCCGCCUUUUUGAGCCCGGACAUGACGUACUCGGCCGCGCUGUGGCUGCCCAGCGCGGAUCCGCGCUCGCAGACCGAGACCCUGGAGGAGGCGCAGAUGCGCAAGCUGCAGCAUGCCAUUUCCGCUGCGCGCAUCAAGCCCACGGACCACGUUCUGGAGGUCGGCACCGGAUGGGGCAGCUUUGCGAUUCUGGCGGCCAGGACGACGGGCUGUCGUGUCACGACUGUGACGCCGAGCCUGGCGCAGAAACGACUUGUCGAAGGCAGGAUUGCGGAUGCGAAGCUCUCCGAGCAGGUUGAGGUGUUUCUCGGCGACUACCGCGAGGUCGGGUCGCUCAACGUCAAGUUUGACAAGAUUGUCAGCAUCGAGAUGAUUGAGCACGUCGGCCACAGGUACCUCGAUACGUACUUUGCGUGCAUGGAUCGCUACCUGAAAGACGACGGCCUCGGAUACUUUCAGUGUAUCACCAUCCCCGAGGCGCGGUACGACGGGUACGUCAAGGGCGAGGACUUUAUCCAAAAGUACAUUUUCCCAGGCGGUCAUCUGCCCACAGUCAGCGGCCUGGUCUCGAGCAUCAAUGCCGGAUCCAAGGGCACGCUGGUUGUCGAAGAAAUCAUGUCCUUUGGCGGGCACUAUGUGAAGACGCUGCAGUGCUGGAGGGACAAUUUCCUCGCCAAUUUCGAUGACAUGAUUGCUCCGGCGCUGCGCAAGGAGCACCCGCGCAUGACGGACGCCGACUUGGAUGUAUUCAAGCGAAAGUGGGAUUAUUACUUUUGCUACUGUGAGGCCGGGUUCAAGACCAAGACCAUCGGCGACGUCGGCAUCACCGUCGGAAGGGAGGGUGCACUGGAGCUCCUCGAAGUACAUAAUUCAAAGACGUCGUCUAGCCUCAGGUACCUCCAGCCCCUCCGCUACUUCACUUGA